CGGGAUGCGGCUGCACCGAGCCGACUGCGGGCAGCGGCGAGCGGCGGGGCAGCCCGGCACCAUGCGGCCGCCGGGGCGGAGGCUGACCCUCGUCAUCCUGUGCAUGGCGUGGCCCGUGGCCGGCACGGCGGGCUGGAACGGCACCGAGGGCUACGGCAAUGCCGGCAGCACGCCGGACACCAGCACCGCUGGCCAGCUGCUGACCGCCGACCCAGCCCCAGCCGCCGGCGGGGCGCCCGGCACCGAGCGGCCGGACCAGCCGCUGCAAGAAUAUAAAUGUAACUGCAGUAUUGUUGGAAGCACCAAUGAAACGAUAUGCAAUGUGUCGUCGGGGCAGUGUGACUGUCUCCCUGGGUACAUUGGUCUACAGUGCAGUGACUGUGCAGAAAGGUUUUACCACAACAAUGGACAGUGUACUGCAUGUGAAUGCGAUGACACAGGAGCAGCGAGCUCCCAAUGUGACAGCACUGGAAAAUGCCGUUGCAAACAGGGCGUGUCGGGUGUGAAGUGCAGCCAGUGCCAGCUGCUGCAUUACGAGCUGAGUGAAGCUGGAUGUAAACCCUGCCAGUGCAACAACCUCUCACUGGCAUGUGACCACAGAACAGGCAUCUGCUUGAACUGCACUGGAAAUACUGAAGGACCUAACUGCGGGGAGUGCAAGGAGAGUUUUUACAGGAAGCCUCAGGCUAACGCGACAUCUGUGUGUGAGCGAUGCCCCUGCUCAGUGGUGACCUCUAGUGGAAGCUGCCAUCUAGAGUCGGGGGAGCCGGUGUGUGACCACUGUCGGCUGGGCUACUUUGGUGCACACUGUGAGGAGUGUGCGGACGGCUACUACAACUCAGACAGUAUCUGUGUGCGCUGUGAAUGCAACAACAACAUUGAUGCAGAGAGCAGGCUCCCGAUCUGUGACUCCGAGUCUGGCCGCUGCCUCAGCUGCACAUCCAACACCACCGGUUUCCACUGCGAGGAAUGUGCGGAGGGUUACAGUGGUGACGCCCUGGCCGGGGGCUGCUGGAUAGAAAUAACCACAGUGCUGCCCACAACCUCCACAGAGCUGGGUACCAGCACCACACCCACAGCCACACCGGUUACUAACAGUACAGUGGGUACAAAUGACCAGACAUUCCUGUCGACAGUGCUGACCACCACUCAGGGCAGAGUGAGCACAUCCGCCCCAAUCGCCCCCGAAAUCUCAUGGACCCGGUUCAACAUCGUGGUGCUGGUGGUCAUUAUCGCCGUGGUGGUCCUCCUCAUGGGCUUUGUGGCGGCUGUCUACGUUUACCGAGAGUACCGAAACCGGAAGCUGAAUGCUCCAUUCUGGACAAUAGAGCUGAAGGAAGACAACAUAAGUUUCAGCAGUUACCAUGACAGCAUCCCCAAUGCUGAUGUAUCUGGGCUGUUGGAGGAUGAUGGCAAUGAAGUGGUUCCAAACGGACAGCUGACUCUUUCAACACCAAUGAACUCGUACAAGAUAUAAACAAACUUAAAGACUACUGCAAACAAAAGAUUGGAGAACGGACUGCACACCAUGGACACUGCAGCAAGAACACUCUGUAAAGCAAGCACGAUGCAGAUGCUACUUAAAGAUGGAGUGAGGCUUUGCUGAGCUGAAUGAUGUUCCUGAGAAGUCUGCAGCCGAUGAAUUGAGUUUUGUUUACUCUAUUCACCAGUGUAAAACACCCCAAAUGAAUUUCUAUUUUUGUACAAAGCUAAGAUGCAACGAUGUCCAGGUUCAAAUCUUCUCCCAGUAUGGAGAAGAUAGAUGAUUAGUUAAAGGACAUUACCUACCUAAAGCAACAUGCAAGUAUUGUGCAUUACAAUGCAACUGGAAAGACUUCAGUUCCUGUGAGCUUGGGGUAAAUAAUUUUAUAAAACAAUGACUGGAAUGUUCAUUGAGGGCAAAGAUUUUACAAGAUGAGAAGCUCUUGGAUUCUUGUUUGUAAACUAUGGACAGUUUCUAAUGGUUGCUGAGGGAAAUGGCAAUAAUUGUGUUAGGGCCAAUAUGCUUCCAGUAUUGAAUGCAUUGGGACCGCUACUGAUUCACAAUGAAGGAGAAUCUUGGACUCCAGCCUCCUGCUGCACUCACAGUGGUGACUAUUGAUGUUACAUCUCAGGAGAGGAGGAAUUGUGAUCUCACUGUAGAUGUUGAGUGAGUGGGUGUUUCUAACAGGUUAACAUCAGGUGAGCAUACAGUAGGUAUCCAACUGGCCACACUAUAGAUUCUUUGGUCAAGUCAGGAAUGCCGAUUGUAAACUAAAGCCUUAAAAGGCCCCCUACUUGAGAAUUGUAAGCACAGACAGGGCCACAGGAUGCUUUGGUGCAAUUGUAGAUUGCUGCAAAACCCCACAAGCUAAUCACCUGAAUGAGUUCUUUAAUUUAACGUAUGAAGAAGACCUUUCUCAGCCUGCAGCACUCUCGAUAUGAAGAAAGAUUGGCAUUCAGUCCAAUUCCAUAUAACGAGACUUUUAGGCAGUCUUAAUUCAAAAACGAGACCCUGUUUGGGGGUGAGGUAUUCACAAACGAGCCCAUUCUGGAUCAGUCUGCCAAUAAAAAAAUGAAGGGAAUGAUUUUCUGAUCAAGACUCAGGAGGAAGAAGUGAUUAACCACUGCCGCUCUGUGCUGCAGUUACUCACGAGGAGGAUGUGGUCAGAGGAGCUGAGGAACCAUCGCCAACCAUUGUCCUGCCCCUUGAAGGCUUCAUGUUAUAGGCCCGUGUCCCAUUCUUCCUGUCUGGGCUCACAAGCACCCAUUCCGGCUGUUACAGUGAGGAGAAUAUCAUGGUAAAUGGAAUUGUUCACUGUCCCAACUUCAUGUGUGCAUCCCAUUGUGUGUUCCCUUGGCAUCCCAUAUCUCCUGUCUGUUUGCUUCAUCACUUCCCUUGGACCAAGACCUGACAGACCUUCAUCGCUGGCACUGCAGGCCAGAGCUUUGAUCACCCUGUUAAUCAGAAGUCCCGUACAUGGGGAGGAUGAUAGGUUACGGCUGUGGUACUCCCUGAUCAUUUAUGGAUAAAGCUGUAAUCAGUGAUCUUGCCAAUGGGUAGCUCUGACUAAUGGGUUCUGCUUUUUGCUUUUAAAGAUGAAUUUACCCAGUGGUGGUUUGGAGCUGAUGCUUUGUCCAUGUCCACUUAAGCCAGAGUGUAAUGCUUUCAUUGAAUAUUUCUCUAUACUGGGGUUUCAAAGCCCACAGGAUCCAGCACAAGGCUGUCUAGUUCUAUCCCACAGAACCUUGCCUUUCAGACCUUGCUCUGUCACCAGUCCUCAGUGGCUCAGGUUCUGGGGGUACAUCACCAGUGCACCCGUGGCCUCGAGUUUCCCUCCUUGCACACCACCUCCAGCACCUGGCCUGAUCUUUACUUCACACCCAGGCCACGCCACCCUGUGUUCCAAGUCAUCUCCACCUCCCGCAGAGUUACCCUUUGUGGCUGUGCUAGCUCUCUGUGAAUGGGUCACCAAUUCCCAAUUAAAGUUUUUCUCUUCAAGUAAUUAUCCAGUUCCCAUUGAAUAUCUUCCCAUCUACCUUUCAGGCAGGUAUCCCAGACCACAGCAACUCAGCAAGUAAACUGUUUCUUCAUCUGGCAGACACAAGAGGCUGACAAUGCUGUAAUCUGGAGCAGAGCAACAGGAGUUCCACCAGCAAAUUGUUUUUUUCUCCAUCUCCCCUUUUAUUGGUCCCCUUCACUCAGUGUACCAAGCCUCCGGACACUGGAAGUGGUUUCUCCUAAUCAAAACACAUCCUGAUUUUGGACACCUUCAUGAAAUCUCUCCUUCCCUUCUCUCCUCUGACUGGAGGAGCCCCAACCUCUCCAGUCUCACCACAGAACAAUGAAGCAAUGUUCUGUGUGUGUGAAUGCCCCAGCUUCUCCCAGUCCCCCUGAAGUGGAUCAACCUUAAGCUGCUUCGGUGGCUCCUCUGGCUUCCUCCCUCCCUGCCUUUGGUCCCUCCACCAUCUUAAGGAACCCCCUCACCACUUCCCACUAGCAGGCCACCUACUCUUCCUCCUCUGUGAGGAAGGGCUAGGAAAGGCUAACCUGCAUUUUUAUAGCGCCUUUCACACCUCCAUCAGGACAGCCCAAGGCCCUUUAAGACCAGUAAGGUACUUUUUAAAGUGUAGGCACUGUUGGGAUGGAUGUUGAAGAAGAUUUUCUUUUAAAGUUCUUCUUACAAAAAUCUGAAGUAGAUCAUUGGAUGGUAGUUACUGAUCCAGCUGAAUUAUUUUAAAUCUGCAGAGAGCAAGGUUCUUGAUCCACUCCCUACCUCCCUGCUCCUCCGCCUCUUCUCAGCAGUUCAGUCAAACCUGAAUACUUCUAACUUGGAGUGAGCUGAUGAAAAUUGCAGAUAUCAUUCUUCACAGGGUGGUCCAGUCAUAGUGGGAAAGCAGACGUUGUCUAUUGAGUAGACUUUAAGGAUGGGUACUCUGUUUUCCAGGCCUCCUUCCUUGCUCCCUCUCCACUAGUAUCAUCACCACAAAGGCUGCCUCACUCCACUGUGCUCUCUGGCCUUCCCCCAUUUUUUGUUACAGGAUAUCUACAUUCCAGAUCCAACCCUCACAAUGGGAGAAAGGGGACAUGGCCACAGGGUGGUUUCAACAAAUGCCGCUGUCUGGAUGCACUGUCCCCAGGAUGGUCGGUACACAGCAGAUCAUGGAACCAGGGGACAGUGGAUCAAAGAGAUCUCAGGUCAUGCAGGAGGCAUUUUGUUGCUUUGAUGUGUUUGGAACUGAGCUGGUUACCUCACACCUGUGUACUUUGUGCAUAGGGUGAGGUUUCCCUUUUUGGAGAAGGGCCUAGUGUUUCCAGGUGAUGCACUGGGAGAGGAAGAACUGAGAAAUGUGAACGUCCUUCAGCUCCAUAAAUAUCGGCGCCAUUGGCCAACCAAACCUCCAAUCACAAUGUUUGUUAAUUACAGGAUCUGUCACAUAUUGACCACUAAAACAUUAGCUUCUGGAAUUGGUGGAGACAUUGUAAAAGGUGUACUAUGUAACACAGUAUUGGAUAUAAACUACAAGUUCAUAUCCUUGACGCACAAGAUACUUGGCAAUAACUUUCUUCUUCAGUGAUGCCACAUAUAUUGGAGAUAUUUGAUUAUUUGAUUACAUUCAAAUGCCUUAGUUUCAAUAUUUUGCAGACUGUUAACAUUUAUAAUUCCAUGGUCAUCAGAUUUGAAAACAUCCAGCUUGGCAGCAUCAAUUCAUUUGUGUUGAAGCCAUAGUGAUUAGUUUGUUCAGUAAAAGAUUCCCACGUUUUCCAGUUGAAGAAGAUACAACAGUUCCAGCACUUGCUUUUAAUGGACAACAGUUUGUGGAAACUGGUUGUUUGCUACAAGGCAACUUUAUAAAGAAGUUUUAAAAAAUUUGUAAAUACUUGUAUUUAGAAAAGAGUGUGAGUUUAAAGAUGUUUAUUGACUGAGUACAUACUUCUUUCCCUAAAUGUUAAGUGUUUGUAUUUAUGUAUAAAGUGUCUAGAACCUGUAAAAUGUUGCUGAUUUUGCAACAUUAACUUUGCUAAGUUUCAGUGAGGAGACGGGUGCUGGGGAGAUGCUGCUUCCAAUACUGCUUUGGCAAUCAGGAAGGACCGGUGUGAAUAACGUAACUAAUUAAUAGAAAUGUGCAAAUCAUUCAUUGCACAUCCAUUCCUGCAGUGUUUCAAUGAGUGAACGAUAAGGAGUGCUAUGGCAUUCUGCUGAGCAUCAGAAGCAUUUUUUUUAACUUUGUGGGGUGGGAGAGCCAUUGUCAUCCGAACAGUCACCCUGUACAUCAGUUUAGAGCAAAGCUGUACAGAGGGGAGCGGAAGUAGUGAUGUAACAACAACCCUAGCGAGAUUGCUGCUUAAUCUUUCAAAGUUAGACCUGAAAAAAUGUUUGUUGACAAAGUUAAAGCCGGUAAUAAACAUGCAGUGUGCUAGCCUCUGACAUAAGGACAUUCCUGAUCUGAUGCAUACUUCAAAGCCAGUGGAAUCUCUGUGUGUGGGUUUAAAUAUCUCAUUACUCAUACUGCAUUCCAGAAAUGAAGAGUCUUUGAGGCACUGGUAAUUCAUAAACAGAGUAUGCCAAUGACUAAUCAGAUGCUAUGUAGUGGUAUAAACACACAAAUCAAACCUCACCAGUCAAUACUAAUAUCAGCCCAGAUGAUUAUGCUGUGUAUGCCAGGUUUUAUUCUCAGGCACCAUAGACACAUUUCCACUCUGCUUGUCAAGUUGUUAAAGCUUCUUAUAUGAAUAUUGGCAUUAACAUUUUAUUAAGGCGAUUAGUGCCAGACCCUGGGCUAGAUUACUGCUCCACCACUUGACAACCUUGCUGAGCAAUUUUACGACUUCAUUCACAGGUGAGAGGAGAACCGUACAGCAGGAAUGGAUGUGCAAUGUCAGAUAUUUCCACUGCACUCUAACAGUAACUAUUACUAAAAUGGUCUUGUGGACACGUAUAUAUUGACAGGAGUUAAGAAAUCCCAACCUUGUAUACCUUUGUAUUCCCUUAUCCUGAUUUGAGUUUACAACAUACUGAAACAUGA